AUUGAAUUCAAGAAUACUAUAAAUUAAGCUUGAUAAGAAGUGAAAAUUUAAUGUUCGUUACUUAAUAGCGUUGUUUUGAUUGAUAAUUUCGAACCAAUCAAUAACAAUAAAUAAUGUAAAUUGUUGACUUCUUUUAAAGAUGACAAGGCAUGAUGUAAAUUCGGAACAAUCUUAUUUUAGUAAUAAGAAUAGAUUAUUUAAUGAAAUGUAUAGUAGGACUAGUUGUUUUAAUUUUAGUAACAUCUCCAAAUGCCAGUUCAAACCGAUCACCAAACGGACUAAGUUUAAGAAUAUACUGUAUGUAUAUACUAUAAUCUCUUUUAUCAUAUUUAAUUCAUGAGUACUACCAGAAUAAUUAUAAUAUAUAGUACUAAUUAAAAA